GCUGUGCGGGAAACGCGUGCCGGAUGCUAUAUAGGGACGGAUAUGGGGAACGACUGGCCUCCUCGUUUCCUCCUAUCUCAAUUAUCGUACUGUCCUAUUCCAAGUCAUGGAUCCACUCAGAAUGUCGUCGCAUUCACCAAGCGAUCUAACAGGACUAGUACUUCAUCUAGAUGGGUGGGGAGAACUUCAGCCUCUUACAUUGCGAUUCUACAAGGAUCGUACUAAGGUGGUCCACAUCGGACGCAAAUCCGCCCAGAAUUCUGGGGAAUAUGUUGCUACAGACGAUAGAGCCUUAUUCCGAUGCGCAGUAGUUAGCCGUCAACAUGCUAAGCUGAUCUUCACCGAGCAUGGAAACGUCUCCGUCACAGACUUGGGCUCUCACCAUGGAACUCACCUCCUGAAGUCUGGCGAAACGACGUCGAAGAGCCUACCUGCGCAGGUUGCCCACACACUUGCCGACGGGGAUACUAUCAUCUUCGGCAAGUCCGUCAUAAGAGAUGACUCCCAAGUACGGCCUGUCGUCGCCCGUAUUGAACUGGAGUAUUCCUCCCCACCUGAGCUUCCGAGCCCUACCACAUGUGCGAAAGACUUACCCGAGCAACAAGGCUCGAAGGGUUCCGGGAGAUACGGCGUCUAUGUCUCCUCGUCGUCCUCAUCUUCAGACGACGAGUCUGACAAUGACUCUGUUGUUUACCUUCACUCCUCACCACCAACAAGGAGAAGCCAUUCGAGCAACUUCUUGCCUUCCUUUCAAUCACUCCGCUCUGCAAAUUUCUCUCUUGACUCCAUUCGUUCUUCAAUGAACGCAGACCUCUUUUGUGUUUUGCCUCCUAUCCACACACUUUCUUCCGCUUCAGUUUCCCCCUCAAGUUCUGUUCAGGAAAUAUCACCCAUAGCUGAGCAUUUCGCUCGAGGAGGUCCAAGUGCGUCAGCAUCGAGCACGGUAGGAGGGAUUGGUCUGCACACCGAUCCGGAGGUCAUCGGUGCAUGGCCCAAGACACCCGUACUCUCUCGUUCUCGAUCUGGUACUCCUUUCCCGAGGGGAUCACCCAGCACCUCGUCAAAACCCUCGGAGGAUCGCGCUGAUACCCACGCAUUCCCCGUUGAGGAUAUUGGACACACCAUUGCCAAUGUCGACGCAGAGGUAGAUAUGCCCAUUGACAAGCCUGAUGAACAACUUGAGCAGGCGCACGCCAUAAGUCAGCCAUCAAUCGAAUGUAGCGCCAAUUUGGACGACUCGCAGUCAUCAUUGGCUCCCGAGACAGAGGGUGCACAGAAUGACAAUGAAGUUGUUGGGGGUGGGGCGGUACAGGUGAAUGAAGUUGAUCUUCCCCCAGCAACCGUGGGGGAAAGUGAGUUGAUAUCUGAGAGGAUCGUUGAGGAUGUACCCGUUGACGAGGCUGAAAGCAAUGUGGUGCAACCAGAAGUUGCUGACACUGUCGUUGAGACAAAUACAGUUAGCGUUGAAGUACCCACCACCACCGAGUCAAAGAGCCCAACGUUUAUUUCACCCGAUGCUUGGGCUUCCAUGAAGGCCUCGGUUACUGCCAUUGAGGAGCUUCGGCGAAAGGCUGAGGAAGACCUCGCUGCUAUCAAAGCUGCUCAUGCAGAGACGGAGCUCACACUUGCUAAGCUAAAGGAAAACGUCACCAUGGUAGGCUUGAUUCAUUCUCAAUUCAGAGCUGGUUUGCCUCAUCUGGUGCAGACCACUACAUUGAAGCGCAAGCGUCCUAUCGAAGAUGAUGAUGACGAUUCAGUCGCUCUCGAUAGCGUUCCAUCUUCAGUUCUCCUCCUUCCAGUUGCGCCUGUCCAAGCACCCGCUAAGCGCAGACGAGUGAUGCGUUUCGUGUCGAAGGUGGCACAGACAACUGCCAUUGCCUCCGUUGGUGCUGUCGCAGCAUGGUCUGCCCUUGCAUUUAGUUAGACAUCUUUGGGACGCUUUUUGUGUAACUUAUUGGCCUGGAUGGACAGGCACGUAUUCGGUUAUGCAACUGUAUGAUUACUUCUACCCUUGUAAAAUACUCAUUACACACAAGACAAAUCAAUUAUCACAUGUACUGUAUGGAGGAAGAACUGUGCAAAUGAGUUUCUUGCUCGUUGGUAUGUGCAAUUGGUUGGGCAGUAUCCACUGGGCUUAUGUUGCAAUGAAAACUUGAGUAAGUU